UAUGUUGCUUGUUUGAAACUGGAGACACACGAACUGACGUUCGAGCUAUGCGCUUUCCCAAAAUUAUAGCUCCCUUCAUAAGAUUACUUGAAUACUUAGGGUUGCACAGCGUGCGUAAGCUAUUGGCUUCUUUGCCUCCAGUCACUCACCACUAGUAGAGCGUGCAAGACAGCAGAGGUGACCGCGGUGAUUUCCCCAGUGCGCAAGCAUGGCUGGUGGAUGUUUGGCAUUCGCUUGGACACUUUUGGAUUACAAAACGGAGAAGUUUGUCAUUGCUAAAAAUAAGAAAAUUGGCAUUCUAUUCAGACUUAUUCAGUUGUCAGUCAUUGGAUACCUCAUUGGCUGGGUCUUCCUUUGGAAAAAGGGAUACCAGGAGAAAGAGGAGGCAGUACAGAGUUCUGUCAUUACAAAGCUGAAGGGAGUCACUCUGAUUAACAGCACUGCAGGGCCUCAGAUUUGGGGACCAGAAGACUAUGUCAUCCCUCCACAGGGUGAACAAAUCUUCUUCAUUGUGACCAAUUACAUAGAAACCCCAAACCAGAGACUGGGCAUCUGUCCCGAGAGCCGUAGGGUUCCUGAUGGCCUCUGUGUGGUGGAUGAAGAUUGUCCUGAGGGGGAAAUUGUUGCUGCUGGCCAUGGUGUUAAGACAGGGCACUGUGUAAACACCACCGGGACCUGUGAGAUUCAUGGAUGGUGCCCUGUAGAACGGAGCUACAAACCCACGGAGGCCUUGUUGGGAAGAGCAGAAAACUUCACCAUUUACAUCAAGAACUUUGUCCGCUUUCCUAAAUUCGAUUUCUCCAAGUCUAAUAUUCUUGAAUCUGGGGAUGACAGCUACCUUAAAAAGUGUACGUUUGAUGCAGACCACAACCUUUACUGUCCCAUCUUCCGCCUGGGGGACCUCAUCAGUUGGACCGGACACAGCUUUGAGGAGAUGGCUGUGCUGGGUGGCGCGAUUGGAGUUGCAAUUGAGUGGAAUUGUGAUCUUGAUAAAGAUUAUUCACUCUGCAAUCCCCAGUACAGCUUUGCUCGUUUGGACGCUACCUCAAACAGCUCCAGCACAUCAGGCUACAAUUUCAGGUACACCCAGUAUUUCAAAGAUGGCAAUGGGGAAACGUACCGUACCCUUUACAAAGUAUACGGGAUCAGGAUUGACAUCAUGGUUAAUGGACGGGCUGGAAGAUUCAGCAUCAUCCCAACUGUCAUAAGUAUUGGAUCAGGCCUUGCUUUAAUGGGAGCUGGAGUAUUCAUCUGUGACAUGCUCUUGGUCUACCUGAUGCCAAAUAGUUCUUUCUACCGUGAAAAGAAAUUUGAAACUGACAAGAGCAAAGGACAGAAGAAACACAAAGAUCCUAAGAGCCACAAGGACCACCGCGAUCACAGAGACCAUAAAUCAGCACACCACCACAGGGACAGGCAUAGGCACAGGAAACGUCCGACAGAGGAGCAGAAGGUUAAGGCAGAGGGACAGAAGCUUAAAGCGGAGGAACAGAAACUGAAGGUCGUCACAAUCCAAAAUUAGCUCCUACUGCUGUAAAGGGACGUGGACAUGGGGACGAGGAGGGCUAUUCUAAUGGGCGUCUCAAUGGACGACUUCCACAUUAAGGCUCUCAUGACCCAUCAUUUGAAAUGAAGACAAUGUUCAUGCAGAUUGGAUUAGCAACGAUAUCCUGGAAAGUGCUUGAAUUUUCUGUUUCGGCCUCAUGGAAAGGCAACAAGUUAUAUUUAUCUUGUCUAUGAGGCCAUCAGUGCUUGUAUGUUGAGUUUUCUUUUUUAAACUCCUUCAAACAGGCAACUGAGAAAUUGUUGUUUUAGCCACAAGGUGGCACUGUGUUGUUUAUAUGGUUCUGGCCUGGUUCUCACCAGACAGUGUGUGUAUGGGUGCAUCCCAAUAUGUGACCUUGCCUCCUCCACUUGUGCUUGUCUCCUCGUCCCGCCUCCUGGCCCCUCCUCCAUGGAGAAAACGAUUAAGUUUCCCAGCUGUCAGCCUCGCCACAACAACUUUUGAGGGACUGUUUUUCAUUCACCAUCCCAAUUGCAAAUGAGAAAAAGACUUAACAAUUGAGCUUUUGUAAGAUAUUGAAAUAUAAUGCUGUUGUCAGUGAUGUCAUCAUGACGAGAAGCAAGUGGAGGAGGCAAGUGGAGGAGGCAAGGUCACAUAUUAAAACGCACUCUGUGUCAUACGGCUCUGGUGUGUGUGUAGCUUCGGCGCUCCCUGGUGGAGCAGAACUACACACACUACCCGUCUGGUACACAGCCAUAGAGCACGCCAUGGGUUCAGCCAGAAAAUAGACUAUUUAUUGCAUUUUUAUAGCAUUUAUUGCUUUAACAUCGACACCAGCUCGCAUUGAGUUGUCACAGGACAGAUUAUAGACUAUAUUCAUUGACUCUUUAGAGAUUAACAGAAAGGUUUUUGAAGGAAUUUGUUGGUGAUGAGGCUGCGCAGAAACAAUAAAGGCUCCGUCUAUUUUCUGCCUGAACCCAUGGCGUGCUCUAUGGCUGUGUACCAGACGGUAGUGCGUGUAGCUCUGCUCCACCAGGGUCGCAGAAUCUACACACACACCGUCUGGUGAAAACCAGGCUACCUGUUGUGUUCUAUUUUCAAUAAAUAUGGCAUUAGUCAUUA